GCUCGGGUCUGACGACUGGCUCCUGAUUGCUGGUUUCUGCUUUCCAUUACUUUGUUGUGGAGUACGGAGGCCCGGUAGCCGGACGAGCGCCACCGGACGGACGGCUGCGCCGCAGAGUUGAACGGAGCUGAUGCCAAAGCCAGCAGUCAGCCAUGAUGUCUGUAUAACCUGAUGAGCAGCAGCGAGAUGGUGAGGAAGAAGAAUCCCCCUAUCCGGAGCGUGGGAGGUGAGGAGGAGGAGGGCGAGGAGGGGAGGAGGCCAGCAGGAGAGGAUGAGGAGGAAGGAGAGGAGGAGGAGAGAGUGGGAGGAGAGGCCGAGCGACUCAGCCGCCCCUCCGAACCCGAAUCCUCCCAACGCGUCAGAGGAGACGAGGAGCAGGAGGAUGAGGAGGCAGAGAGCGAGUGCGGCUCCUCGUCCGUCUCUCCAUCCUCCGUCGGCGAGCGCUGCAGCAACGACGAGCGAGGGGGGAGGAGGUUGAAGCGGGCGGCGGCCGCCGACCGGCCCGAGAGCCCGUCGGAGCCCGAGGACGGCGACAGGGCGGUAGAAGAGAGGGAGAGGAGUCACAGAGACGGAGCGGAAGCAGAUCACCUCACUCCUCCUUUCCCGUCGGCUCCCCACCUCCUGUCCCGACAGGAAGGAGGGGAGGAGUCGACAACCGACACCCCCCCACUCUCCUCCAGCCCUUCUCCCAAACUCCAGGACUACAAAUGCAAUGUGUGCGGUUACGGCUACUAUGGCAACGACCCCGCCGACCUGGUGAAGCACUUUAGGAAGUAUCACCUGGGCCUGCACAACCGUACACGGCAGGACGCCGCCCUGGACACUCACAUCCUGGCCCUGCACAACAUGGCCCCCCACCACACGGUUCUAGACAUCCAGGCAGGACAAGGACAGAGAAGCCAAACCAAAGAACUGGGGAAGACCAGAUCCGAUGCACAGAAUCAGCAGCACAGGACCGUCAUGAUGAACGGCACAUAUGACGUACAGGUGAUGUUGGGCGGCACGCUAAUUGGAAUCGGCCGCAAGACCUCUGACUGCCAAGGAAACACUAAGUACUUCCGCUGCAAGUUCUGCAACUUCACGUACAUGGGAAGUAACUCCUUGGAACUUGAACAGCACUUCUUAUCCUCACAUCCCAACAAAGUCAGAACUCCACCAACCACCCCCCAGCUGGCCACCAACAACCUGGCACCGCACGACAACCAGCUGAAGGGACGGCGUCCGGUCUUAGACGGUGCCGAGCGGGUGGCGGUACGAGCCGAAGACGACUCCUUGGUCGGCUACUUUAUCCCGGUCCGGGCGUUUUCCGACUCCUCCGGGUGGACGGGGGAGGCCGGCCGGGGAGCCAUGCAUUACUGGUGUAAAUUCUGCACUUGGAGCUGCGAGUGGUCGGGGGGUUCGACGAAGCUUUUAGAGCACUAUGAACAAAGACACCGAGGGAGCGGGGGCGGCGCCGCCAGCCCCGGCAACUCCACUCCUACAGGGAUGGAGAGAGACAGGGACAGAGGAGGGAGAGACGGAGGAGAGCGGGACCACAUGGCAUCCAAAAGCCGCAAAGAUCAGUCGUCCAACCCGUCCGGCACCGGCCAAGGAGACCCAAACAGCAGCGAUUCCGAGGCGGUUGUGACCAGCUAUAACUGCCAGUUGUGUGAUUUCCGUUACUCGAUGGCCCACAGUGCAGACGUGAUCGUGGUGGCGCCGCUGCUGCUGCACUACCAGCACAACCACUCCAUCCACCGCUGCUGCAUCCAGCACUGCAUGUACUGCCCUCAGGGGCUGUGCCAGCCGCAGAAGCACCUGGGGGAGGUGUCCCACCCAUUCGCGUGCCGGAAGACCACCUGCCCCAAGUGCAGCUCAAAGUUUCCUCAGCCCCCCAAACCGCAGGAUGCCAUCGGUUCAAAAAGUGCAAGCAGCACCUCGCCCAGCGUGACUCCCCCUAACCCGAGGGGUGACCCCAGUGUGAUUUCUGGUUCCACCUCUCACCCCUCUGACCCCGCACAUCCUGUUGUCGCUCAAGGCGUCACCCAUUUGUGCGACCAGUGCACGUUCGCCACCACUGACAUCGAUGUGUUGCUGCAACACUAUGAGAGCUGCCACACCCUGAUCAACCUGAAGGGGGCGCACCCGCAGGUCAAGGCGGAGGAGGAGGCCGGGGGAGACGGCGGGAGGGGAGCAGCACAGAGGGAGUACUCGUGCACCAAGUGUCACUUCAUCACCGAAGUGGAAGAAGAAAUUUUCAGACACUACAGGCGUAUCCACGCAUGUUGCCGCUGUCGACACUGUGACUUCACAGCUCCCGACUCGUCGGCCCUCCUCGACCAUUUUAAUUCGGCCCACUGUCAUGACUCUGCUCCCUCACUAGGCUCCUUACCCGCCUCCAUGACGCCGUCCCUGACGCUCUCCACCAACGGCUGCUCGGCCCCGUCCACCUUAGCCAUCAAAGAGGAGAGCAAGGGGGAUCUACGGCUGCUCUACUCCCUGGCUCCACCCGAGGGACGGCUGGCGGAGGGAGGCCGGGAGGAGGCGGGCGGGCUGGUGAAGAGCGAAGGAGGCGAGGAGAAGGAGAGGGAGAAGGGCUGGGUUCUGGGGGAGACGAGAGGGCCGGGAGAAAGAGGAGGCGAGCAGGCCCACGGCUUACUCUGGGUGCCCAAGGAGCAAAUGGGGCCUGAAAGAGGAGCAGGAAGUGGGAGCCCCUCUCUUUUCGCCUCUCCCCUCUCACUGUCUUUUGUUUCAGCCAAUCACGAGGCCUCGCAGCAGAAACGGGCUGUGGCCUCACCUAGCAUGGUUUACCUUGGAGACACCAAGUCGUUUCUGGGAGAUUCCAAGUCAUUUUUGGGAGAUGCCAAGCUGUAUGGCGGAGGGAGAGCAGGAGGAACGGCUACAGGAGGAGGAGGAGAGAAGCAGAGCCAGAUGUCCAGUCAACAGUAUGCAGGCGGAGGAGGAGGGGGUGGAGCUGGAGGAGGAGGCAACCAGGAGGGGAAAGGAGGAGCCACGAAAGAGGAGUCCCAAUCCCUGCUCCGACGUCGCAGAGGUAGUGGGGUUUUCUGCGCAAACUGUCUGACGACAAAGACGUCACUGUGGAGGAAAAACGCUAAUGGAGGCUACGUCUGCAACGCAUGUGGUUUAUACCAAAAACUACAUUCGACACCCAGACCUCUAAACAUCAUCAAGCAGAACAACGGAGAACAGAUCAUCCGGCGGAGAACCCGAAAACGUCUCAACCCCGACUCCCUCUCCUCCGAAAACCCGGCGCCGAAGCAGCAGCGAAUCAGCAGCGACGAGCGCAUGAACGGGGAGGAGUCGGACCGAAGCGGCGCGUCGGUGAAGAGCCAGCAGCCGUCUCCCCGCUCGCGCUCGCCCCGCUCCACCCAAGCCUUCCUCGCCAACCAAACGCUGGAGAUCCACAGACGGAUGCCUCCUCUCCUCCUCCCGAGUCACCCGCCCUCGGCCGCGGUCGCCGAGGGCAACGGGGGAAUCUGCGAGGGAGGAAUAACGUCAAAAGUGGAGGGGGGGAAGGGAGGAGGCGGCUCAGAAAGAGGGAGUCCCAUCGAAAAGUACAUGCGGCCGUCCAAGCCGUCCAGUUACUCGCCUCCGGGUUCACCCAUCGAAAAAUACCAGUACCCUCUCUUCUCACUGCCCCUUCCUUUAACCCUCUCCCCCGACUUGACGCCCGAGUCGGAUUGGCUCAGGUUCUGGACCAAGUAUAAGAUGGCUGCCACUUCCGGGGUUCCUGGUAGUAUCAGCAACCUCAGCAGCCCCGGGAGCCUGGGAAACAACGCCCACUACAUCGGUGCCAUGGUGACUCCGGUGCAGCAUCACCAGCAGAGCUACACGGUGCCUUACUGCCCCUCUCCCUACUCUCCCCUCCCGCCUCCUCCAGCGCCCGCUCACUACCCCUCUUCUCUGCACGCCCAGACCUCGUCCCCGUCGCCGUCGCUAGAAAACGACGCCCCGCUCGACCUCGCUAUAAGACAACGAGAUACGAGCGCUCUGAACGCGCACACGUCGACCAACGGCGCCGAGCGGAGACGGCAGGAGUCGCCUCUCGCCGAGAGGUUUCGAGGGAACUGGAAAAGAGAGCAAGACGAGGAGGAGAGGGCGGAGGAAGGAGGGAACCCGAGUGAAGAAACGGCGAAGGAAACCAAGGAUAAUUUGACAAAGUGUCAGCCGAGUGUCACCUCGAGCGGCGCGACGGCGGAAGCGGCCACGCAGGACGACCUGACCAACCGCUGCACUCACUGCGGGAUCUACUUCCUGGACGAGGUCAUGUACGCCCUGCACAUGAGUUGCCACGGCGACAAGGGACCAUACCAGUGCGGUUUCUGCCUCCACGUGUGCGCGGAUCGCUACGACUUCACCACGCACAUACAGAGGGGCUUACACAGGUACGCAGACGGCACGUCGCAGCAGCAGCAGCGAGCAGGUUCCACGCCAGACGGGGAAGUUUCCAACGCCGCCGCGGCGCCGGAGCACGAGUGCGGAAACGUGACGGCAGAGCAGGAAGACGGAGAGAUCACAGGUGAAAGUGAGACUGUCACAGGAACUUGUCUCGACAGCCAAGCGAAGGAAAAAGCAAGCAGUGAUGACAGCGGAACAGGGGAUGAAAAGGAGGGGAGAGAGGAGGAGGAGGAAUGCGCCGCAGCAGCAAACGAGGACACAGGAGGAAAAGUGGCAUCAGACACAUCAAACACUGAUGUCACGCCCACCACGGAGGUCACGACUGUCGCAGAGAAGUUAGACGGGAUCGCCGAGGAAAAUUAGAAGCUGCGUUUGACUCCCACAAAACCUUUCAGAACAUCUUAUUGGAGAAAUAAGCUGCACGCCUUCAUGUUCCUGGAGGCGGCUCAUAUCUAAAAUGGGCUCAUCCCGGGCACUAAAUGGAUCUCCUCCUAAUGCUGGAAGCACUCUGCUGUCAAAACAAUCAUGGCAGGACCCACCUGAACCGCAGCGGAGGAGCAGUUCACUUCCUCUGCUGAGCAGCCGUCACCUGACGGCUGCUCGCGGCGAGACGUCAACCCAACGCAGCUGAAAUCAGCUGAAAUCAGCUGAAAUCAGCUCCACAAACAGCCGCUUCACCAGCUCCCCACGUCAGGGGGGGAGGCCGGACUGAAAAAGUGGCUCCGCUCCUGUUUUAGGAGGGUUCCAGGAGCUCAGCACUUGUAUUGACAACAGCAGAGAAGAAAAAAUAGACAUAAAAACAAACCUUAUUCUCCGAUCCUAACCAGCCUGCUAAAUCAUUCAUAUGUCGCAUUCGCAGCCAGAUUUAAUCUGGUUUUAGGACCGCCGUGUUCUCGCCUUCAGCAAGUCUCCACAGUCUCACGCGCUCUGUGCAAACGGAUAAAAAAAAACAACCAAAAGUCUGAACUGGUUUGUUUGAAACCAGUUAGUUAUGGGAAAAUAAAGAAAUAAUGAUCAGGUGGUUUCACUCGUGCCCUGUUGUCUCAGACUCUCCGAGCUCCUGGAUCAAUGCAAACACGGCCGCCGCUGCUCGGUGGUGACGACCCAGUGGGCUCAAACUGUAUUGAAACUGCUUAGAGCCAGUUUAAACUGGUAUGAACCGGUUUCACUCCGGGCUGAAGUGUUCUCCUCGUCCGUUUGGAUCAAACUAAGUGACAUUAUUUUCUACUCUCCUCUGUGCCAUGAUACUAGCUUUGUGCCUGGCUGCCUGCCUAAUAGAACAUCAUUCUAUUAACCUGCUUAACAUUUAUAUUAAUAAUAAUAAUGAGAAUAAUAAUAAUAAUAGUAAUAAUAAUAAAGAUGAUGACGAUGGUGUUAUUACAAAAAUGCAAUUUGCUACACUUCCUCUGUUAUUUUGUAAAGUCAAACAAUGCUUUUUGCAGGAAAUGGUACGAUAAGAAUCGGUGCGGUUUUUAUUUCUUUCUCUAGUUUCUCAGCUGUUAAUGACAUCGAUUACAUCGAUUACAACGGCUGUCUGACAGAAACGGUACAAGAACAGAGGAGGUUGUGCACGUGUGUGUGUUUAUCUGCACACGAGGAUCAAAAGGUUUGUCCGUCCACGAAUGAUGAUGUCGACAUUAUGAAGGCUUGCUCAGUUUCUCAGUCCUCAGGGUCACACGUGUUGCACAGCAGCCGCCGGUUCCACAGCUCGUGACACAUCAUCCGUUCAAUGGUUUUAAGCACGUUACAUGUUGUUUUACUUAUGGUUUCACAUAUAUAUAUAUAUAUAUAUGUGUUCUUGUUGUGUUUUUAUUUUGUCAAUAGGUCAACAUGGUUUUAGUAGGUAACCUUUUUUUUUUUUUUUUCUUAAUGUCUGCAUAUUUUUAGGUUGCAAAGUUUUUAUAGUGAGACUUAGGAACUUAGGGAGUAUAGCCCUAAAUGUUAUCAAAAAGGAUCAGCGGUGCGGUUAAGUGUAGAAACUGUCGUCAGAAGUUCUCGUCUAAAGCAUUUUAUCUCGCUGAGCGUUCGGUACCUCUAUGUAGCAUGUUAGCAUCCUGCAGAAUCUGUUGCCUUGUCUGUGGACGGGAACUUUUAUACGUUAGACUUUGAAUCGGUUUACCGUUAGUGCUCUCACUUCCAUCAAUCACUUUGAGUCCUUUUGAAACUUGCCUGAGGUUCCCCUGCACACACACACACACACACACACACACACACACACACACACACACACACACACACACACACACACACACACACACACACACACACAAACACACACACACCAACUCCUAAAGCCUCGCUGCCUUAGUUGCUGGAAAACAACAAAAAAGAAAAGGGACUCCUAUAUAGGAUAUCAACAAAAGAUGAAAAGGAAAAAAGAUGAGGAAGAAAAUAUUUUUCUAUGCUUAUCCAAAACAAACGAAAGAGAAAUACUCCACAGUGCCUCAUAAUCUAUGCUACAUCCCUCAGAAAUCUUUUCUUUUUAAAAUCUAAUAUUAUAUCUCAUUCAGCAAAAUGACGUUUUACCAUAUAUGUAUUUGAUCAAAAUGAUAUGCCAGCGCUUUUCCAGGUCUAGAAACUAUUGAUAGAGUCGCAUCCUCAUGUUACGAUAAGAUGAUGCCAGAAUUGGUGCAGUUACAUUUAUUUUAUUUUCCUUGGUUUAUAUUCCCUCUAAAAAAAUCCUCUUAAGUUCUUAAGUUGAAGAACAAAAGGUAACAUUUCAUUGAAAUCCCCUUUUCCGUGUAAAAAGCUUUCAGGUCAGUGUUGCGAGUGCUUAACUGGAAGUAAUCCAAUACUUGGUCAGGAUGUAACGAGCGGAGCAUCUCUGUAUCUUGUCAAGUGCACGAUGAACAGCACAUUUUACAUCCUAACUCAUAAAUACCUAUUGACUGUAGAGUGAGCGAUAACAACCGAAUCAAAUUCCAUGUCUUGUCUGACCUGACCUGGCCAAAUAAACCUGAUUCUGAUUCUGAUAAAUCAGCUCUGCUUCUGGGAAAAGCUCGGAUAAAUCUGCAGAUUAUCGGUGCAAUAUUAAGAAAUACUUUACCUUGUAAUAUUAUCCUGUCCAUGUCACACGUGAAGGCGUCUUUGCUCCGUUUGCUACGUGGCUGAUCGGUUCUGCUGGAGCCUUUUAAAAACCAACAGCGUAAACUGAUGAGCACACUUGCAUUUAGUGGCCACGAGUCACGACUCGUGAACGACGGCCUUGGGGAGUGAAAACCGUUUACAUUUCUAAAUGUAAUGAAAGUAAAAUGAGAAGAGCUGAGAGAUGGAAGGGAGGGAUGGAUAGAUGGAGGGAUGCUGGUGGAAGAAUAUGUGAUACCUUCAUCCAUUUCUACCUGUCCAUCAUCUUCACUUCCCUCAACCCCCCUUUUUUUUUACUAAAAUGGGUCAAUUGUGUGAUUGUGUGACAUCAUAAAAGUGUCCAAGCCACAUCCCUCUGCUCCUCGGAGAUGUUUGAUCCUUCACGAAAGCAAUGUUUGGCUUUUCUGACGCUGCACUUCACCCGUUCUCCAAGAUUGGCAAGAAUACAAAAUCAGUUCUUUUUAAGCAAGAAAGAGAACGAUGUUUCUUAGAUGCCGAGGUUUUGGAGAUUAUGGGAGGAAUUUUCAAAAAGGAUGAACUAGUUCUGUUCUUCUUUUUCGUUGGGAAAUCUGGGUUGACGUGUCAUCUCGAGGAACCAGAGAUUUCUCGCCAAGGCUGGAAACAAAUGCACUUCUUUUAUUUUUUCACGCCACAAUGAUUCAGUGACUCUUGCUUUUGAAGGAAACCCUAUUUUUACUGUUAAAACUAAAAACAGCCUUGAUAAUGAAACUUCAUUCACGCACAUUUUCCAUCACGUAAAUGCCCUGCAGAAUCCUGCGCCAUCUGAAUAUCUUUUGUUCAUUUUCUCCACGAUGCGUCUGAGGAACUUUCCUAAAACUGAACCAGACAUUCGUGUCAAUAAGGAUCUCGGGAGAAACUCUUCACUUUGGGAUUCUGCUAACGGUUAUGCAAUUAUACGCUUAGAAAUCAGGUUCUGUGGGACACGCGCGUGGCAUGGCCUUGUUUUACUUCAGCGAUGACUAUGUUUUAGGUUUGAUGGCAUUUCAAAUCAGCGUUUACAUUGGGAGGCCUUAACAAGUGUUUAUUUGUCUUUGUCAGAAUGUGUUAUAGAAAAUGAUGCCGAUGCUUGCACUCCAUUUAUUAUGUUCGUAUUGCCAAGGAAGGGACAGCACACACACACACACACACACACACACACACACACACACACACACACACACGUGCCGUGGUACGAAGUGAGAGUGCAUUUCGGAGCGUACAGUAUUAAUCAAGGCCAGUUUAAUUUUGGCUGGACACACACACACACACACACACACAGAGUAAAUAUGUACGUUAAAUCAGUAUGUCUUCGUAGAAAUAUGUCUCUGUUCAGUUGAACAGCUUUUAUAGAAAAGAAAUGGGAUUUUUUUUUCUCUUUUUUUUUUUAAAGAUUAUGUUCUUGUAUUUUAUUCUGCUCCCUUUCUGUAUGUUAUUGUUUUAGGUUUUAUUUCAUGCAAGUGAUAUUUCAACAACAUAUCUUGACAGCCAAGAAAAGUUUGUUACACAGCUAAACUUGAAGAAUAAUAAUGAUGAUGAUGAUAAUUAAUAAAAGUA